AUGGACUCGCGUAGAACGACCAGCGACCUAGAUUUGUACGGAAAGACGGGUAGCGUUAACGAGGUGGAUGAAUGUGCUAUGGCGGAGGAAGAAGCGGGCCGCGAGGAGUCCGAAGGGGUUCAAGGAGGGCCCCCUUUGGGGGCCCCAGUGCCGGAAGUGUUUAUAAUACCAAGCAUAACGCCGUUGAGGACGAGCGCACGGCCUGUUGCCAGCGUUGGAUCACUGGACUUUGCACAUACCCCAACUAAAACAGGGAUGUACCAUGUUCGAGGCCACCGUGACAGCACCACGAGCAUUGAUUCCGUUGCCUUGAAGUCUACACCCGCUAGUCCCCAUGUCACGCCGCUCAAUGGAGUUACCUCUGUUGAGUAUGUCGGACAACAUAGCAGUGCGCUAGCAAGUGUUACAGGGAUUAUAGAACAGGACGCUGGGAUAGAGUCCGUCGAGAACCAUAUGAAUGCUGAUCAAGCGACACAUGAGCCAGAGAUUAAUAAGGCGCAGAAGUUUUUCAGCAAUAUGAUUUCCUCGCUCAGUUUCAGGACGGUAGGCACAAGUCCAAGCCCUGCAAGUAACAAAGGAUCACAGUCGCCGUGCGAAUCCGCAGAGCCGUCUAAGUACACCACGGUCACUUCGAACUCUCUAGGUUCUAAAGUUACAGCUUCGGACGAAAAUAAGUCACUUGCAGAAAGUGGUUUGGAACCAAAUAGUGACGCUCUUCGUGGGCAGUCCUCUACUCAAACUGUGGACACUAGCGACACCAAAAAAGGCUACAAUAAGAAAUUAUACACGGAUAAAAUGUUACCUGGCACGAAAUAUAGGUUUGCUACGUGGAAGCGCAACUCCGACUUUCACAAGCUAUUUGGUUCUGUGGAUGCAGAUGAUAGGCUUCUUGACGAUUUUAGUUGCGCACUAAGCCGUGAAUUCCUGUACCAAGGAAGGCUAUACGUUUCAGAAAGUUAUAUUUGCUUUAACUCUAAUAUACUGGGAUGGGUCACUAAUUUAGUUGUUCCUAUAAGGGAUAUUUUGUCAUUUGAGAAAACGACUACAGCAGGCCUAUUUCCAAAUGGAAUUGCUCUCACGAUGGACUCUACUAAACAUUAUUUUGCCAGUUUUUUGUCGCGGGAUUCGACCUUCGACUUUUUGGAAGCCGUGCGGACGGCGUAUCAUACAAACAGUAAGGCUGUAAUAAAGUCCAAUGCAUAUCUAGAUGUACCGUUAAACAUAUCCGGAGAGGAGUUUUUUCUGAAGCCAAUCGCUGAACUGAUGCAAAUAACUGCACCUCCAAGCAGAGCCUCCGCAGCUGCUGAUGAGAACUCCGACAUACAAGAUGCUAUUAUGUCCGUGGAUUACGUUACGCCAAGCGGGACUGUAGAUGGUUCGGAGCAGUUUCGGAAUGAUGCGUAUGAAGAUACGUCUGAUUCAGACAUACUCUCUCCUAGUGACGAUAGUGGGAAAGUUAUGAGCGAGGUCUUCCACCUAAAGGAAGGAUGUAGGUACACGUACGAUGGUCCCUACUAUCAUCAUGAAACCAGCUUCCGCUAUAUUCCCGAGGAACACGCUGAGUAUACUUUGGCGGAGCUAACAUUGAACGCUCCGCCGGGUGUUGUGUUUCAGCUAAUCUUCAGUGAAACUAAUUCAUCAUUCAUCGAGGAAUUUUUAACCGCACACAACUCGACCAAUCUUUCAGAAAUAUCGCCAUUUACAGAGGUGAACCCAGAAGGUCAGCAUUUCCGAAAUUACACUUACACAAAGGCAUUGGCCUAUCCUGUGGGUCCAAGGUCAACAAAAUGCAUCGUCCAGGAGACUGUAUUACAUCGUGACUAUGAGGAUUAUAUUAAUGUCGUGAAUACUACUAAGACCCCUGAUGUUCCUAGCGGGAACAGCUUUUCGGUUAAAACGAGAUAUAUGUUCAAGUGGGAGUCCCCCACCACCUCGUUACUUAAGGUGUCUUUCUGGGUUGAGUGGGUAGGAAGCAGUUGGAUUAGAUCCAUGGUGAAUAACAGUUGCAAGUCAGGUCAGAUAGAGGCAACUAAGUCGCUUGUGAGCCAGCUAUACCAUUAUAUCGACACUUAUGUGGAACAGAGGAUUAUCAGCGUCGAGCUUAAUACAAAUGAAAAAUCAUCGCUCCGCACUGCUGCCGAACAAGACUAUAUCGAGGUUGCUUCACAUCCUCAACAGAAGCAACUACUCUCAGCUUCGUCGGAACUUUCAUCAUCAGCUUCGUCAAUCUUGGGAAAUUCAGCAGUAUCUGCCACGUCCACUGCUGUAUCCAAUUCGGCCCCGGCCCGAGGAAGUUCAUGGAAAUUUUAUACGCUCUAUGCGAUGCUAACCGCAAUAGCGCUUCUCCUCAUUGCUAAUUUGAUUUUGCAGGCUAGAAUUGCUUCAAGAUUAAAUCAUAGGAUCAACUUGGGCGACAGAAUGGAGUGGAGCACAACAUCUUUAGACGAGCUCGCGGACAAAAUUUCGGCAGUCAUCGCCGUCCGUUCUGAUCGUUUGGCAGUUGUGCCCUCGCAGGCCUUCAGGCCAGAUCCAACGACUGGCGGGCAGUAUGUAGCCCUUACUCCAGAAUACUCUGCUUUCAUGGAGAAGCUGGAGCGUUUGCUUGCAUAUUUAGACGCCCACGCGGUGCAGCGGCCGGCGGACUGA